UCCUUUCCGCUAAAACUCCGGGUAGCUCCGGAUUGCAGUGCAUGUCAGUUGAAUGCAACUUUAUACCGGAUAUCGCCUUUUCCAUCGCCAAGAAUACCCGCUCCGACCAUCACACCAGAUCCAUCCGAAAAGUCUACAUCACUACCACCUUUGACCCCUACUUCCUCUCCUGUUUCCGAUGACGUCAUCUUAAACAGCGCCACCACUGAAACAGAAGAAAAUAUGGCAACACAAGUGAUGAAACCUCCUGCACCGCAGCGUUCAAAUCUUCGUCCUUCAUCUCGUGGUGUAGUUUUUUCUCCGAGACCGAUUCUGACCACCGGGCCACGGAAUAUUAUAUCGUUACGUAAUAAUAUUGUUUCAUCAUCAUUACACGGAUCAAGAUCAUUUCAUGGACGCGUUACGUCACCUGCAUCAUCCGUGAUGUCAUCAGCAAAUGGAAAACUAACAUCAAUCGAGAUUGAAAACAUCAUAAGACAGAAAGUCUGUGAUAAGGCAGGAGUGAUGAAGCGAGCGUUUCAAACUUACGAUACGGAACGAACACUCACUGUCACACCGGGAGAAUUUCGAAGAAUUUUGGAACAUCACUGCCUUCCUCUGACUACAGAACAAUUCAAUUCAUUGCUUAUCAAGGUUGGAACGAACCCAAACGGCACAAUCAAUUACACCAAAUUUCUGGAACAAUUUCUGGUAUUUUCUCACCACUUUUCGCAUUCUCGAGUGCCCGGUUCACCACACGGUAGAGCCGGUACAGCAGGAGCAAGCCUCGUUGUGCGGCCGAGUUCUGCGACAGGAGAAUUGGGGGUCCGAUCCGCCCCAGCUUUGGGACCCAAACAACAUACUGUCAUCGGGACAGGGACGGCGGAUGCAAAAGAGCAAAAUCAGAAUUUACAUAGAUUUGUUUUCACCAAACCCCCACAAGAUGUUGGCAUUGACACUUUGGAACGAAAUCUUCAACAAAAAAUCGCAGGAAAUCUUCGAAAUAUCGUCAAAGGGUUCCAGUUAUUCGAUUAUAACAGAGACGGUCUGAUUCAACGGCACGAAUUACGACGAGUGCUCGAAAAUUAUUGCUUCAGAUUUACUGAUGCUCAAUUCGACAAGUUCUGGUCAAGAUACGACUAUCAUCACGUUGGAACAAUCAAUUAUCGAGAAUUUUUACGAAGACUCGGCGUGAAUGCUGCUGCAGCUGAUAAACAUCUUCAAGCAGUGGAAGACGAUAACGCACCAUGGGAUGCGAAAAAGAAGCGAUUGGAGAGGGAGAAAGCUGUGACUGAUCUUAUUUUGAAGAAAGAUGAAACCCGGACGAAACAUAAAAGCAAGAAACUACGAGAUAUGUCAUUCGUACAAGUGGAAAAAGAAUUUCGUGUCAAGAUGCGGCAAAAUCACGAUAACAUCAAACGUGUGCUGAUGGCCUUCGAUUCGUCGCAAGAUGGUUUUAUUUCUAUCGAUGAAUUGAAAGCUGUGAUUGAUAAUUUUGUUCUACCUGUAUCUGAAGACGUAUUCCAACAACUCAUGUACAGGUUUGAAGUCCGUGGUACCGGGAAAGUGUCUUGGGAACAAUUCCUACAAAAGUUUCAAGAUCCGCAGUCAUCUGGCAACGGACAAACGAUUCCGAUCGGCAAUAACCAUAAGGUCAACCCAGUUCGUGAAGCGAUGGAAGUUUCUUCAACUCCAGAGAUUUUAGAAAAAUUGAAGAAACAUGUUCUGACCAACUACACGACACUCAAGCAGGCUUUUCUCAAGUUUGAUGAGAAACGUAAAGGCGUCAUCACGAGGAAAGAUCUUCGUCGAAUAGUCGAAAGUUUCACAAUUAAACUAUCGGAAGAAAAUGUCAAAGAACUGUUCAUUCAACUUGAUCCUCAGCAUACUGGAUUUAUCAACUAUCACGACUUUCUUCAUCUAUUCGAACCCCAAGAGAAGGUUUCUGCUCACAAAUGGUUGUUUUCCACCCACCGAUUCAAUCAAAAUCAACCACCAGCUAUCAUGGCAUGGAAGACGGUUGAGGAUAUCUUAACUGAAAAGAUAUCGGAAAACUGGAGACAGGUUGCGGAUGAAUACGUCGCACUUGAUCACGAGGGAGAUGGAACUAUAUCCAGAUCACAUUUACGUAGAUUGAUGGAAAGAUACGCAUUGCCAGUUUCUGAUGAACAUUUCGAAAAGCUGUGGACCUGCUGUGACGAGACAUCAAAAGGUCGAAUAAUGUUCGCACAAUUUCUCCGUAACCUUGGUAUAGAUGUGAGUCCAGGAGAUCUAGAUGGGACAAGCACUAGGAUUUAUAAUGAAAGUAAUGACAGAGAAGAAUCGAGACUCAACGAUCAAGCUGACAGAAUCGACGAUAUGGAAAGAGUUGGAAAACGUCACACGAAUAUAUUCUCAGCGGGCGAAGUCAUUAAAAAGUUACAGGACAGGAUGUCUCAACAUGACACUGACAUCAGAAAAUCUUUCCUACGGUUCAAUACAUCUGGAAGAAAAAGAAUCACAAAACGAGACUUCAGAAAAGUUCUGGAAGACAUUGGUUUACGAAUGCACGAUGCACAGUUUGAAGAACUCACUAAAUCUCUUGGAUUCAAUGGCCGUGGUCUCGAAUACUCGGAUUUCAUUCAUAAUUUUGAAAACGCAAAAGGAAAAGGAAUGGGACAGGAACUCGAAAGAGCUAGCAAUCACAUUGUCAACCCAACAAACGUGAAAUACAUGAAAGCGUCUGAGUGUUAUAAUUUAUUAUUGGACAGGUUGAGACAAAAUUACGGGAGUGUCCGAAGUGCCUUCUACAAAGUCGACGAUGAUCAUGACGGUAUAUUGACAAUGACUGAGUUCAGAAGGCUUUUGGACAGUUUUAUGUUUAUUAUAACAGAUGAAACAUUUGCUGAUCUGCUACGAAUGCUAGGACUGAACAGACGAUCCAGACUAUCUUAUCAUGAUUUCCUCGAUAAGUUUGAGGUCGUAGAUAAAGAAGAAGGUCAUCCAUGGCUGAAUUCACAACACAGAUGGAACAAAACUCGAACGGCGACUGAAUUAGCAGCCGAACAAGUUCACGAAUAUUUAUGUACCAAGGCCGAACAAGCAUGGUCCGAUCUUGCAAAAGCGUUUCAGAACUUUGAUGCAGAUGGCAACGGGGUUAUUAGGAAGAAGGAAUUACGAUCGAUAUUGUACAGGUUCAUUCUCCCGAUGUCUCAUGCUGAAUUUAACAAACUCUGGCAGAAAUACGACCCGGACAACAAAGGUUUCAUCAGUCAUCAAGAUUUCUUAGAAAAGCUUGGACAUGUAUUUGCUCCUGGAGAUAACUCAGGUUUGCAGGGAACGAGUUACAAAAUGGUUGAAGAGAAUUAUCACAAUGUACUUGCUCACCAUGAACACCAGCAGGCCAAACACGAAGAGAUCGCUCUCAACCAAAUCCAGUAUUCACGAAAACUUUCUGCAGAGACUGUAGAAAAGGAAUUAAAAGACCGGUUCCGUGAAUAUUACUCUAGUUUCGAUAAAGCAUUCAGACAAAUGGAUAAGAACAAGGAUGGAUACAUAACACUGGCUGAUCUGCAGAGAGUUCUCUUCCAACUCAAUUAUUUCCUCGACGAAGAGCAGUUCGUAUCGCUUCUGAGAAGACUUGGACUACCAACAACGAAAGCCCGAUUGUCGUAUUUCGAUUUCUUGAAAGCAAUUGAUGACGGUCGAGCAUCGAAAUAUGGAAAGCGUAGGAAUAAUAUGGGGAAAGAACAAUUAACCUGGCAUCAGUCAUUUGAUCAUAUGAGCGUAGAGAAAGCGAUGGAAAAAUUGAAAGAAAAGUUGACGACAAGCUAUGAUUCGAUGAGUUCGGCUUUCAGAGCGUUCGAUCGUAAUCACACUGGAUUAGUUAAAGUAGGCGAUUUCCGAAGAGUUCUCGACUCAUUCAUUUUUAAAUUGAAUGAUCAACAGUUCCGGAGCGUGUUGGCCAAAUGUCGGAUAUCACAACCGACCACCACAAAUCCGGAUAAAAUGAUCAACUGGAUUGUGUUUUUGCAAGAUUUCACUCUUAUAAAGGACGUGAAAAACCAAGAAUGGGUCGGCCAUCUUGAAACCGCAGCGCCCGCUUUGUCACCUCGAGAGUUACCAUCGAAUGAAAUAGAAGAGAGACUACGUGAAGUAGUGAGAGCAAGAUGUUGGGUUUUCUCUCGUUUCUUUGCUGAUGCUGACUAUGCAAAAAUCAACGUUGUUUCCAAAGAAGAUUUCAGAGAUUUGAUGAAUCAGCAUUUCAUGAGAUUGACCGAGGAUCAGUUUGACAGAUUAUGGGCGAAGCAAGCCGUGAACGAGUUCAACAACAUGGAAUAUCGUGAAUUUCUCAAAAACUAUUCAACUCCUGCUCUUCAGUCUUUGACAGAAAAAUCCAAAGCAGACGUAGACAAUGAGGUAUCGUUAAAAUCUCCUUCGCGACCUUCAUCUGCAAAAGCUCCCGCUAUUGAGCGACCUUCAAGUAGAUUGGGAACAUCAGAUUCAAUAACUCUUCACAGAGGUUCCGUUUCACCCAGCAUUGCAGACACAGCAGAAGGAAGAAUAAAAUCUCUGGUUUACAAACAUUGGCAAGAUAUACAGAAAGAAUGCAAAAAGUUGGAUCCUGGUUUUAUAGGGUCAAUCCCUGCGGACGAGUUUGUCGGUGUUCUGGAUCGAUUCGGGUUAUAUCUAUCUCUCGAAGAAGCUCGUGAUUUGAUGACACGUUUUGAUCAAGGAUCGAACUCCGGUUUGUUCAGUUACAGAGACUUUUUAAGACAUUAUAUUCUGACGUUGAAACCACAGGAUGAAGGACUUCUUAAGAGGAGAAAGCUGCAUGCGUCAAAGAUCCCGAUCGACACAGGACAUGAGAGCGAUAGUUUUAUUGAAGCAAUGAUCAGAUUACGUGAAAGAGUUUUACAAUCUUGGAAGGAAUUGCGAAGAUCAUUCAGAAAUAUCGAUGUGAAGGGGGAUGGAUACGUCACGCCGUCACAAUUUAGACAGAUUCUUCGUCAAUUCUCCAUCAACCUUUCAGAAGACGAUUUCUAUCAUUUGGUAUCUUUUUACGAUCACGCUAUGCGAGGGAGGAUAUGCUACAAUGAAUUUAUACGUGCGUUCUUACAAUGACGUCACUACAGAUUACGUAGGGUGAUCGAAAUGUGCAACCGCACACUACCAAUUACUGUUUUUCUUAAUUAGCUUUUUAGUCUUCAUUUUAAUAAACUGUGAUUCGAAAACAAUUUUUAUAUUUUAAUUACUGUUGGGAAAUAUUUUCGUUAAUAUUGAAACGUAAGUGAUGUUUAUUGCUAAUUAGUCCAUAUUAGAUAAAUUCUCAUUCAAACCAAUCAACAAUGUAUCCAGGUAGGCGAAGCGACCACAUUGGGCACCGCUGGUGAUAACCUAUGAGGGGUGACACCCCCUCGAUAUUUCCAUAUAAACUAUUUUACAAUUCGUGCUUCAAACUAAUCAAUUUUUAAGUUUUUAUUUGCACACUUACAGCACACUUACAGAUUCAUAAUUGCUAACAGCUUUCGAGUAUUACUUUAUUUCCUUUCUCGUUUAUCAGUUAAAUUGCUAAUCCAUGCCACUCUUAGUACUCCCUUACAAAGUACUUCCGUAGUAUGUGUACCAGGUUAGGGUUAGGCCAUAAUUUUAUUCCGAUUUCCUUAUUUCAGUUCUAUUACGAGUUCGGG